UCUAUGGGGAAUGUCUGGUAUCAGCAAAGAUUAUGUAUCCUGUCCUGAGCCUGGAUUGUCUUAUAAAACAUAACAGCUCAGAACGUCAGAGCAGAAAUUAUAUCAUUCCGAAGAAGACAGUGAAAUUCUUAACACCAGCUCUGAAGACAGUAAGCAUUCCAGGAUUUCUUCAGCAUUCAAAGGUUCAUCAAAAUGAAGAACUGGAAUUUCUUUAAUGUGAUUCUUCUUAAUGGGUUGGUUGCAGGCACUGUCAGCUUGACUUUAGAGAGUUGUUUCCAAGAGCAACUGCAGCUUCAAGCCCAAGUGAGACUUCUGGAGCAUAAUGUGAAGCAGCAACAGGCAAAAAUUGUGCAGCUCUUAAUGGAGAGGGGUACACAAAGCAGAGAUAAAAGAGGAGAAAAGAGUGUCAUCCACCUGGGAGAAGACAGAGAGUAUAAAGACUGUGCUGAGAUCUAUAAUGCUGGACACAUACAGAGUGGAUUUUACAAAAUAAAACCUCUUGAGAGUCCCCAUGGAUUCUUUGCCUAUUGUGAUAUGUCAGAAGGAGGAGGAUGGACAGUCUUUCAGAGACGGUCAGAUGGGAGUCAAAAUUUUGACAGAGACUGGGCUGAAUAUGAUCAAGGUUUUGGUGAUUUUAUUUCACCAAAUGGUGAAUACUGGCUUGGAAAUAAAAAUCUCCACUAUCUGACAUCUCAAGGAAAUUACACUUUAAAAAUCUCUCUCUCUGACUUUGAGGAUGAACAACGUUUUGCCCAGUAUGAAAAUUUCUGGGUUGCAGAUGAGCAGAAUUCCUACACAAUGAAUUGUGGACAAUAUUCUGGAACGGCUGGUGACUCCCUCACUGGGGGGUUUCACCCUGAAGUGAAAUGGUGGGCCAACCACCAAGGAAUGAAAUUCAGUACAAAAGACAGAGAUAAUGACAACUAUGAGGAGAACUGUGCAGAAGAGGAUCGAGCUGGCUGGUGGUUUAACAGAUGCCAUUCUGCCAACCUGAAUGGCCUGUACUACAAUGGACCCUACUCAGCGACAACAGACAAUGGCAUUGUGUGGUUCACAUGGCAUGGAUGGUGGUAUUCAUUGAAAUCUGUCGUCAUGAAAGUCAGGCCAUCAGACUUCCAUCCUAAUGAGGUUUAAGUGUGUUUCAGGCACUCACCUUUUAAAUCAAUUAGUUUGAAUUGUACUGUGAUAUUUGCUUUGCUGGGAUUUUGCUAGAUAUAACUUUGCUAAGGGAUACUAUACAUUGUACACAAUUUGAUGCAGGGUUAAGUUUUCAGUAGGCUAUAAAUGUGCAUAAUUCUACAUUGGCAAAUAGCUUUUGCACAGAAAUGGAGCCCAAAUGUAUAGUGUAGAUAUGUGAUACUACCAGUUUUAUACACAAUUGAAGGAAACUACUGUUUAUGGCCUCCGAUUAUGAAGGCCUUUGAAUUAAAAUAAAUUUCCAUAAAGUGAUUUUAUGACUUUGAUCAAACUCCG